UUUAGUAGUCAAAUGCUUGCAUGUAUGUUUCAGGAGUGGACGUGAUCAAUGAUGCUUUAGAGGCAGCCAUGAACAGCAAAGAGCAGAGUGAAUGGACCCCAGUGUCUGUGAACGUGGCCCCAGCUACACUCACCAUCCUGACCACACAGAAUGAGGAGGUCCUAGCAGAGUGCCGUGUGCGCUUCCUGUCCUUUAUGGGCGUGGGCAAAGACGUGCACACCUUCGCCUUCAUCAUGGCCGAAGGACCCAGCGACUUCACCUGCCACAUGUUCUGGUGUGAGCCCAAUGCAGCCAGUCUGAGCGAGGCUGUGCAGGCCGCCUGUAUGUUGCGUUACCAGAAAUGCCUGGACGCCCGCCCGCCCAGCCUGGCCUCCUGUCUGCCCACUCCCCCGGCUGACUCGGUGGCUCGGAGGGUGCGUAAGGGCGUGCAGAGCCUGCUGGGCAGCUUUAAGAGCUACAGGUCGGGCUCUCAGUCUCCCUGAAAGCACCCCCAAGAGCCCCAGCCAGAGGCAAAUCUACAGGUUUCCCCCCCAAGAGCCCCAGCCAGAGGCAAAUCUACAGGUUUAUCCCACAUCGGAGCACCUCUGAACACCUAUGUAUGGCUGCACAAUAUUGGAAAAGGCAAUCUGAAAAUAGCCAUGAACAUUUUCUGCUUGACAUGUGAGACUGGUUGAUAUGGUGAUAAAAACAGAAUGUUGAUCUCAUUCCUGUGACGUUCUGCUGUUUUGGUGAUGCCAUAUUGUGAUUCACUAUUUGUCUAUUUAAUGUAGCUCAAACAGACACUUUUUUCCACUUCUACAAUUGGUUAGUCAUCUGUAAGGCUCUGAGUGACAGGUGGCUUUAACCAAUCACAGUGAAGUGUGAGCUUUCAGAAGACACCAAUAACUUUAUAUACCAAUAGAAACAUAAAGUGAAUCCUGAUCAAAUCUAAAUUAUUCUAUUCAUGUUUUGCCAUAUCAUCCACCACAAUAUUUAACCUGUUGAAAUCAACUGUUAACUUUGAGAGCGAAUGGAACAUGUCUCCUUCCUCCAAGAAGGGAACAGUCUAUUACAUGUUCAAUGACUACACCUUAUUUUUCAAUAUUGUACAGCCUUAUUCAGUGAAAACACAAAACCAGAUCAACAACUUUGUGCUGCCAUUUUCAAAGUCUUACCUUUUAUUUCAAUUUCCACACCAGUUUGAAUGUUGGACAUGGAUGUGUAUUCCACUUGAUUUGCACCACGAUGUUACUGUAGCUCCUUUUUCUAAGAAGGGCCUGUCUAGCGUUACCAUAGCAACGCCUUCCUCUCACUUUGAUUGUAACUACGGCCUCAUGUCUGUGCCACGUGUAUCGUUGUAGUUUAGUCUUCCAAAAAAAAAAAACCCUCACUACGUUUACAUGAAGAGUACUCAGACUACGUGCGUUGUCCAGUUAUAGUCUGAUUUCUGCCAGACCACCCUUGUCCAUUCUACCUGCAGGUUCUAAAGCGUAAUUACUGGGAGGUGUGUAGGAAUUGAUAAACAGCAUUGGCAUUUUCUAGUUCUAUACGCUAGUCGAGUAAGCUAACGUGCAGUUUGUUAUUGUUUUGCUAAUUAAUCUUAACUUUAUUAUAAUUUUUAAUGCGGAAUAUUUUGUUAGGCUAAUUUUAAACAAUGUGGGUCAAAAACGAUGAAAAACAAGCUCAGUCGUACAUUGUAUUACGCGGUUGUGCAGUAUGAUCUGGCUGUGUUUUGCCCGGUGCAGUUGAAUGCCUCUCCUUGUGUAGUCAGAGUACGCUGUGGAUGCAGUACUCGAGUUCUAAUGGGAGGAGCACAGUAAUGUGGUUUUCUUUACAUGUGAACGUAGUGAGUGACACAUGUGAGGAGAGGGGCCCUGGUCACAUGGAGCUGACAUUGUUGAAAAAGGGACAUUUUUAUGAACAAUAUGACAACAAUAAGUUUAUCAAGUCCAACUGUUUGAUUUUAAAUGUGUACAAUAUUCUCAUUACGUGUGUAAAACAAUAUUCACACAGGUUAUUUAUAGUUUACAUGACAUUUUUACUAGAUAUUAUUACUGUAUUUUCCGGGCUAUUAGACGCGCUCUUAAGCCUCUAUCCGCAUCAAAAAACGGCCGCGCGCCCCGCAAUCCAGAGCACCCUAUACACGAAUCCACUCGAGUGUCCCAGCACGACUUCAGUAAACUACAAAGCCACACCACCCACAGAAAACACAAACUCACACGGAGCAGACACACUCAUCACUCCACGCCAACGGCCGAGGAACGGAACGGAGGAACGAACCGAAAAAGCGAGUGCAAUGUGCACUUCUAGACACAACUGAACAACUGAGUCACUGCGAACACGCCGACAAUCCGUUGGUCCCAGACAGCACCCUCCCUACACGCCACAACUGAACAAAGCCCAGAGUCACCGUGAACGCCACAAACAAACAAAACCACUCACCCAUCACACUGUUGGGUUUCAUUUAAAGUCCGGUGCGGUUUAUUUAUGAAAAAAGUUAGAAAAUGGACCGUUCAAUGACAGUGCGUCUUAUAAUCCAGAGCUCCUAAUAGCCCGGAAAAUACGGUACUCCUAUUUUUUAUAAUAAUUUUAAUAAAUCAUAAAACAUAAUUGAUUUUUGAGCCUACAUUUUGACUUCUCUGGAUAUAAGGUAGAUAUUGUCCUCCGUGUGGCCAGCGCCCGAGAGUCUGUUUGAUUUGUGCAUGAACAAUUUGCAAGUUCAAUGCUCGUGUGUGCAAUAACGCCAUGUUGUUCUCAUUUCUUUGUUUUUUUGUAAGUUAAGCCUGACCCGGCUGGAUGUGCGGAGCCGUGUCAAAAUGGCUUCUGGGUUGUACAAAUGAUUGUGAAAUGUCCACUUUCCACAGGUAGACUAGACUAUUCCCACUCGCUGCAUGUUUGAGAAGUAGAGCUUAGGAGCCAUCAUGUACAAAGUAAUUCCAUUUUGGUGAGAAAAGACUGAAUUGUGUCCAAGGGGUGGGCGAUAUUGCAAUAAUGAUGAUGGUACAGUUUGAAAAGUGAAUGAAUGAAGAAUACCAGCUGCAUGCAAUACUAAACUGAAAUAGGGCGACGCAAUUCAAUUUUAUUUGUGAUAACGAUCAAUCAAAAUCAAAACCAAAUCAAUCAAAAAAGUAUGUCGUUCGAAAUGUUUUUACUUUCUAUUGUGAAUGUAAUGUGCGCUGGUUCUUAUAAAAAAUAUUAAUACUAGGAUUGUUAUAAAUAUUGACACCAAGAUUCUAAUCGAUACUUAAAGUCACAGUAUGUAACUUUCUGCACAUCACUUAUGCCAUCUGCAAGUUAAAACCAUACUACGGAACAUUCUUGAUGGAGAUGGUCUAAAUUAGAAGUGUAAUAUGAAUGUGACUCCUGUUAGUUUUGAAAAUUAUUUGUCUUAAAAGACACCUUCAAAAGAUUUUCCUUUUUUCGUUUUUAAAUUGUGAUCAAACUAAAUUAUACAAGUUAAUAUUUGAAAAACGUGACGUAAAUUAUCACCACAAUUAUUCGAUUACAAUUCUGACCCAAAUAAUCCACGACACCACAUAUCAAGUGCACUUCUAGUGUACAUGAAUUUAACUGAAAUCAAAAUGAAAGUGUUAAAUUUCUUUUUAAAAUGAGAUCUGACCUUUGCUGUAUCGCCUGCCCUGGUUUGCGUCUCGUGUUCAUAGGCAUGUUCCUUCUCAAUGUCGAUGUGUGUCUAAAUAUAUCUGUAGAUUUUAGACUGAAAUCGUGACUCAACAGACAGCAGGUAAAUGUGGAUAGUGGGAAGUCUUCACUUUUGAAAUGGUUUUAACGUGUGUGGACCCGCUCUGGUGUAAUGUAUUUUUUAUCCUCUCCGCACACUCAAAUGUACACUAUUAAGAUGGUUCUUUUUGCAUUAGCUGCUUAGAUUUUACUUUUUAUAAAAAUUACACUACAUAUAGAAGUUUAUCUGUAAGUGAGUGACUAAAUGUAUGUAGCACAAUAGUGGACUUUGUAAAUGAGGCAGCUGGGAAAAGAUUAACGCAAGACUAGACUAGUUAAAGAUACACUAUAUCACUUUUCUUGUGGAGUUCUUGUCUCCAUGGAGAUGUUAUUGCUUUGCCUAGAAUGCUCCACAGUUUGGCAUUAUUAUUAUUAUUAUGAAUUUUUAUUCAUUCAAUUUUAGGUGUUUUUAUUUCUCAAAGACAGUGUGAAAAACAUAUAUUGUUACGGUGAUCAGAACUGACACAGAAUUGACCUAGCACGCACGCACACACGCACGCACGCACGCACGCACACACACACACACACACACACACACACACACACACACACAGCACUUUCAUACUCAGUCUUUAGUCAAGACACUUUACCCACAAUACCAAGUACUGGCCGGGCCUUGCUUAGCUUCUCAGAUCUGACGAGGCCUGAUCUGAUGGGUUUAAUGCCAUAUUGUGAAACAUUCCAGUUUAUAGCAUGUUGGAAAAGAUCUACUCAUUCACAGAAAUCCUUAAUGAAUAAAAUAAAAUCAGCUAUAAAAAGAAAAAAGUUGCUAAAGCCUUGUUUUUAUUAUUUUAGAAUGCAACUUUGAAUUGUAACACUGUCCCAUCCCAGCUGCGCUCUGACUGCUCUCACUGUGUGCAUAUGUUCCUCUGUUCUGUGCAACACUAAGAGUCCACCAUCAGCAGAUUAAUUUAUUUCUCUUCAUGUAAAUGAAGUGUACAAAAUAUGUGUAUAUAAAAGUCACCGCACAAUAAAUGUCGACAUAUCCCAA